GCUGAAAUUGAUUGCUGAAAUGCAAAACUUGUUGCUGCUUCUCCCGGCGCUGGGCGAGAAGCAGACACAGAGAGGGGAGCUGAGACCCUCGGAACGCCCCACGCAGAGCCCCCCCCCCGCUAGCCAGGAGAGGGGUGCACAGACCCCCCAGAGCUGCCCCGCCCCACCCCCAUUUCGGGCUCCGAGAGCUUAGCCGGAAAGCCUUAGCCUGUUCGCCCAGCGUGGCCCCCAACCGGCGUACGCCCCCACCCCGAGUCCGAAGGGGACUCGCGAAGCACCUCGGCGCGAAGGCAGGGAACCCGAGUCUUGGAGCGACCUAACCCUUCGUCUCGCUGCCUCUCGGCGCCUGGACUCGUGCGCGGAGACCCCAGCGAACUCAGAGACCGAACAGCUGAGGAUAGAAGCGGCAGGCGGCGGACGUGGCCGAGAAGCAGCGCGCGGGGUCGCGGCGCGCUGGGUGCAGCGCACCCGCCGCGGAGCGGGGGAUCCGUGCCUUCCCCCAACCUUCGGCUCCAACCCCGAGCGUCCGCCGCCUCUCCAGCGACCCUGCGCCCUCCGCUCGGGGGCCAGCACCGGUGAUGUCGAGCGGAGCUUCCAGUCCUCCGACCCGCUGAAGAAGCUGUAGCCGCUUGCUUGGGGCCAACGGGGACUGAGAGCGGACCGUGCUUGGCGGAGGCUCGGCUGCGGAGCGCAGGGACUCCGUGGGGAGGGGGGAGGAACCGCUCAGUCCGUGCCCCGGCGCCACCACGGUUUUGAAGGGUCUCCCUGUCCAGCUCCUUAGCAGCUCCGCCACCGACUCCGGGAGGUUUCGGGCGGCGUCCUGAGGCUCCCCACCCAACCCGAUCGGACUCAAGAAGGUGAUUGCUCUGCUCUCCCUCCCUUCUUCCCACCUUCUUUCCCCCCACUUAACUUUUUGUCUUCACUCGCCUGCAGCUCCGUUCCCUCCCCACUCGGGGCAUGGGCCCCCCAACCCGGCUCCUGGAAGCCCCGCUGUGCCGUAAGAUGUAAGAGGCCCGCGUGGGGCAGAGCCAGAGCUUCGGGAUAGGAGCUGAUAGCCCCCAGCCAGGCGAAGUGGCAGUGCGCGCUGCGUCCCUGCGGUGCUGACUGUCCCGGAGCGCCCGACCCAGGGCCGGAACGAGUAGCUGGCCGGCGGUGCGCGGCGGAGAGCAGGCUGUCAUGCCCUAUUGAUCCCCCCGCCCCCCGCCAAGUAUGUUUGGGCUGGACCAAUUCGAGCCCCAGAUCAACAGCAGGAACGCUGGCCAGGGCGAGAGAAACUUUAACGAGGCCGGACUAAGCAUGAACACCCACUUUAAGGCCCCGGCUUUCCACGCUGGGGGACCCCCUGGCCCCGUGGACCCUGCCAUGAGCGCGCUGGGUGAGCCCCCGAUCUUGGGCAUGAACAUGGAGCCUUACGGCUUCCACGCGCGCGGCCACUCGGAGUUGCACGCGGGGGGGCUGCAGGCGCAGCCGGUGCACGGAUUCUUUGGAGGCCAGCAGCCGCACCACGGCCACCCGGGAAGCCACCACCCCCAUCAGCAUCACCCCCACUUCGGGGGCAACUUCGGCGGCCCGGACCCAGGAGCCUCGUGCCUGCACGGGGGUCGCCUGCUCGGCUACGGCGGCGCCGGCGGCGGCCUGGGCAGCCAGCCGCCCUUCGCCGAGGGUUAUGAUCACAUGGCGGAGAGCCAGGGGCCCGAGACCUUCGGCCCGCAGCGACCUGGGAACCUCCCAGACUUCCACAGUUCGGGCGCCUCGGGCCACGCCGUGCCUGCCCCAUGCUUGCCGCUGGACCAGAGCCCUAAUCGUGCCGCCUCCUUCCACGGCCUGGCCGCCUCCAGCGGCUCGGAUUCUCACAGUCUGGAGCCCCGGAGGGUGGCGAACCAAGGAGCCGUCGACUCGCUGGAAUACAAUUACUCGGGCGAGGCGCCCUCGGGACAUUUCGACAUGUUUUCGCCCUCCGAUUCUGAGGGGCAGCUGCCUCAUUAUGCGGCGGGUCGCCAGGUUCCCGGGGGCUCUUUCUCGGGUGCCUCAGCAAUGCCCAGAGCUGCAGGCAUGGUGGGGUUGUCCAAAAUGCAUGCUCAGCAGCAACAGCAGCAACAGCAGCAGCAGCAACAACACGGCGUGUUCUUCGAGAGGUUCGGCGGGGCCCGCAAGAUGCCCGUGGGUUUGGAGCCCGGAGUAGGCUCCAGACACCCGUUAAUGCAGCCUCCCCAGCAGGCCCCACCGCCGCCUCAGCAGCAGCCCCCGCAGCAGCCGCAGCAGCCGCAGCCGCCGCCGCCGCAGCAGCCCCCGCCGCCCGGGCUUCUGGUCCGACAAAAUUCGUGUCCGCCUGCGCUCCCGCGGCCCCAGCAGGGCGAGGCGGGCACGCCCAGCGGCGGCCUGCAGGACGGGGGCCCCAUGCUGCCCAGCCAACAUGCACAGUUCGAGUACCCCAUCCACCGGCUGGAGAACCGGAGCAUGCACCCUUAUUCCGAGCCUGUGUUUAACAUGCAGCACCCCCCUCCGCAGCAGGCGCCCAACCAGCGGCUGCAGCAUUUCGACGCACCCCCCUACAUGAACGUGGCCAAGAGGCCGCGCUUUGACUUCCCCGGCAGCGCGGGAGUGGACCGCUGCGCUUCGUGGAACGGCAACAUGCACAACGGUGCUCUGGACAACCACCUCUCGCCCUCCGCCUAUUCAGGCCUACCCGGCGAGUUUACGCCGCCGGUGCCUGACAGCUUCCCCUCGGGGCCACCCCUGCAGCAUCCGGCCCCGGACCACCAGUCCCUGCAGCAGCAGCAGCAACAGCAGCAGCAGCAGCAGCAGCGCCAAAACGCGGCCCUCAUGAUUAAGCAGAUGGCGUCGCGGAAUCAGCAGCAGCGGCUGCGCCAGCCCAACCUGGCCCAGCUAGGCCACCCCGGGGACGUGGGCCAGGGCGGCCUGGUGCACGGCGGCCCGGUGGGCGGCUUGGCCCAGCCGAACUUUGAGCGCGAAAGCAGCGGCGCGAGCGCCGGGCGCCUGGGCACCUUCGAGCAGCAGGCGCCGCACUUGGCGCAGGAGAGCGCGUGGUUCCCAGGUCCGCACCCGCCGCCGGGUGACCUGCUGCCCCGCAGAAUGGGCGGCUCGGGCCUGCCUGCUGACUGUGGCCCGCACGACCCGGGGCUGGCGCCGCCCCCUCCGCCCAGUGGCUCCGGGGUGCUGUUCCGGGGCCCUCUGCAAGAGCCGCUGAGGAUGCCCGGAGAGGGCCACGUGCCCGCGCUGCCCUCCCCGGGCUUGCAGUUCGGGGGCAGCCUGGCCGGCCUGGGCCAACUGCAAUCGCCUGGGGCUGGGGUAGGGCUGCCAAAUGCUCCCUCGGAGCGCCGGCCCCCGCCGCCGGAUUUCACGGCGCCCGCGCUCGGGGGCCAGCCUGGCUUCCCGUUCGGCGCGGCAAACCGUCAGGCCACGCCGCACAGCGGCCCAGGCGUGAACUCGCCCCCGAGUGCGGGCGGGGGCGGCGGCAGCACGGGCAGCGGCGGCGGGGGCGCAUACCCGCCGCAGCCUGAUUUCCAGCCCAGCCAGCGCUCCUCGGCCAGUAAGCUGGGCGCGCUCUCGCUGGGCUCCUUCAACAAGCCCAGCUCCAAGGACAACUUGUUCGGCCAGAGCUGCUUGGCUGCGCUCUCCACUGCCUGCCAGAACAUGAUCGCCAGCCUCGGGGCCCCCAACCUCAACGUGACCUUCAACAAGAAGAACCCGCCCGAGGGGAAGAGGAAACUGAGCCAGAACGAGACCGACGGCGCGGCCGUGGCCGGCAACCCGGGCUCGGAUUACUUCCCUGGAGGGACUGCUCCUGGGGCCCCAGGGCCCGGAGGCCCGUCAGGGACCAGUAGCAGCGGCUCCAAAGCCUCGGGGCCGCCCAACCCACCCGCCCAGGGGGACGGCACCAGCCUCUCCCCCAACUACACCCUAGAAUCAACGUCGGGGAACGACGGCAAGCCGGUCCCCGGGGGCGGCGGCCGGGGACGGGGUCGCAGAAAAAGGGACAGUGGUCACGUGAGCCCCGGGACCUUCUUCGACAAGUACUCCGCGGCCCCGGACAGCGGGGGCGCUCCGGGGGUGAGUCCAGGGCAGCAGCAGGCACCAGGCGCAGCUGUCGGGGGCAGCUCCACGGGAGAUGCGCGUGGGGCGCCGACGCCUCACGAAAAAGCGCUCACGUCACCGUCGUGGGGGAAGGGGGCCGAGUUGCUCCUGGGGGACCAGCCAGACCUCAUGGCGACCCUGGACGGCGGGGCCAAGUCGGACGGUAGUUCCCCGCACGUGGGCGAGUAUGCCUCAGACGAGGUGAGCACGAGCUAUGCCAACGAGGACGAGGUGUCAUCCAGCUCCGACAACCCCCCGGCCCUGGCCAAAGCGAGUAGGAGCCCCCUGGUGACAGGCUCUCCCAAACUCCCUCCCCGGGGGGUGGGAGCAGGGGAACACGGACCGAAGGCACCCCCGCCCCCUCUCGGCCUGGGCAUCAUGUCUACCUCUACCUCGACCCCUGACAGCUAUGUUGGCGGAGGGGGCAAUGGCCAUCCGGGCACGCCUGGCCUAGAGCAAGUCCGGACCCCGACGAGCAGUAGCGGUGCACCACCACCCGAUGAGAUCCACCCCCUGGAGAUCCUCCAGGCACAGAUCCAGCUGCAGAGGCAGCAGUUCAGCAUCUCUGAGGACCAGCCCCUGGGACUCAAGGGGGGCAAGAAGGGUGAGUGUGCCGUUGGGGCCUCGGGCGCGCAGAAUGGAGACAGCGAGCUGGGCAGCUGCUGCUCCGAGGCUGUCAAAAGCGCCAUGAGCACCAUCGACCUGGACUCGCUGAUGGCAGAGCACAGCGCCACCUGGUACAUGCCGACUGACAAGACCUUGGUGGACAGCGCAGACGACGACAAGACGCUGGCGCCCUGGGAGAAGGCCAAACCCCAGAACCCCAACAGCAAAGAAGCCCAUGACCUCCCUGCGAACAAGGCCUCGGCAGCCCAGCCCGGCAGCCACUUGCAGUGCCUGUCUGUCCACUGCACAGAUGACGUGGGCGAUGCCAAGGCCCGAGCCUCCGUGCCCACCUGGCGGUCCCUGCACUCUGAUAUUUCCAACAGAUUCGGAACCUUCGUGGCCGCCCUAACUUGAAUCGACAAGAAAUACCCCCUUCCCCACCAGGCCCUCCCCUCCCCGCUUCUCGCUCCCUUCCCCCUCACCCUGCCUCCUGCCCCCACACCCCUCCCUGAUAAUUUGAAAGGGCCACUAUUGCUGAGUGGAUGAAUUUUUUUCUAGCUUGGUACCUGCUUAGUGGCAAAUGGACCGGAAAGGGUUAAUUUAAAGGGAAAAAAAAAAACCUCAAAAAACUUUUUUAAAAGAGAAACUCUGUCUGCCACAGUAUGUUACCAGUGUUAACCCUUCUGCAGUUAGCAAACUUUUGCUUAAGCCUUUUUCCUGCUAGAUAAUUCCAUUUUUCUGUCAUCUUGGCAUACGUUUUUUAGAUGACCUCUUUCCUCGUUUUAUUUCCAUGCUGCUGUAUGUCCAAGUAUUGUUAUUUCAUAAUAAGACAAGAGUUGCUUUCCUUUUUUUAUUCUCUUAUUGUUCCUCCCCCACCCGCCAUUUUUUUCCUUUUUUUUUUUUUUCUUUUUGCUUUGUUCACUGCUUAUUAAAAUGGAAAUCCUGGAGAAGAGUAGUUCUGGAAUAUUGCCGGGUAAAAGUCAAAUUGUCAUCACAAUAUUAUAUAUUGACACCCAACUGUCAUCAGUCAGACAGGAGCCAAACAAUGAAUGCCCCCCUUAGGUAUUCCGCCUGGGAUUUUGUUUUGUCUGUUCCCUAAGAAAACAGAGGUUUUUCGUUCCUACAAACACAGGCUCAGCCUUCAGCUCCGUUCUCUCUUCUGCUGGAAGCUGCCCCUCUCUGCAAUGGAGGCGAUGACGUGGCCAGCCUGCUCUGUGGGAAGGAGUCAGAGCGUUUGACGGUGGUGUUUUCUCUCCUUUUCUGGGCCUCUCCACAGACUCCCAGGCUCUGAAUUUUCACGCUAUGCUGAGCAGCCUGAUCUGCAUGGGUGAUGGUGGCCUUCCAGCUUGCAGAGUUUCUGGGGGCUGGGGGCUCCUGACUCCUGCUCCACCGCAGCGAGACUGUCUGGGUCUUGGGUGCUGGAGUUGGGGUGGACCAAUUCUUAGCCCUGGACCUUUCCUGACAGCUGAUCCCAGCCAGGCAUUCUGGGGAAGAAGGAGAGGGGCCUGAGUGUACCUCCCCCGCCUUUCCCACUGGGUCCCCACUCCCCAUCUAUUUUAUCACCUCCAACCUGGGCAACCCCGCAUUCCUGAGAGGGACGAAGUUUUCACCAGCACUUUUUGAGGGAGCUCCCAGGCUCGGCUUGCCAAACACCUGUCUCUGAGUCUGGGUGUAUUUCUUUGCUGGGGUUUGCAAGCUGCCAAGGGCCAGAGGGGAGAGAAAGGGAAUAUAACUCAUGACUUUGAUACCUAGGCCUUGUUUUUGUAACCCUGGAAUUCUCCCUGCCCCCUUUUGAUUUCAACUCACCCUGUCACAAAAUUAAAGCCACAUCCCGUGAAGGAAUAACCUCUCAUGAUGGAAUAACUUCCCCUUUGAGAAGAGAUGAGAGGUGGCUGGGCAAGCAAGGCUCCUGGAGCCAGCGAGGCCUGUUACCUGGUCCUCCCAGAGUAGUGGUCGCCAGAGGCCCAGGUUGGCAGGAGCAGAACCUUUGAGUACUGUUGAUGGCUACAGAGGACAUGAAUGAGUUAUGGAGGUGGUGGGGGCCACUAAGACUCCAGGGUGGGUCAGACAGGAAGUGACUGAUAUCACUUCACCCCAGUCAAUGACCCAUUAUUUUAUUUCAGUUUUUGUUAACGACUGGGUCUUCCUAAAUGCCUCAUUUUGAACCUCACCUCCCUUCCUCCCAAGUCCUGAGAGUGUGUAGACCUGGCUUUUUUUAGCAAGUGACCUGAAGGCUUUGGGCUUACUAUACAACACCCACAUUGUUUAUUUCAAAGAACUUUUUGGCCAAGGGAGAAGAGCAUCCAGAAAAAUCUCGCUCUUUCCAUACCUCCCUCCUUCUUUCCUCCAUUCAGCCCUUUUGGCUCCGGUCUGUGUCUGGACGGUCUGAGGUUCUCUCGCAUGGGCAGUCUGACCAGGGGCCGACCCCAGCCCACAGAGGGCAGGCCGAAGCACGAGCACGUGGUAUGGAUUUAUCAGCGAGAAGGUGCGAGCUGACUCAGUUCCUGAGUUCUGCCACCAAAGGGGAGGAAGGGGGACAGGUGUGCCCCUGCCACGCUGCAGGAGAAUCAGCCAUAGUCUGAGCAAAACUCCAUGCCCCCUGACCCCCGAUUCCGCAAUGUACAGCUGUUUGAGAGCUUCACCAUUUUAUUUUUUUUUAAACAGGAAUGAUUUCUCCUUAAUUGCUUAAGGCUGGGGAGCCAAGCGUCUUGACUUCUAUCUGACUUUUCCUGCGUUGAGUCCAUCAGCACUUGUCCAUCAGCUCAUGGUCCUAGCAACCUCGGAAACCCCUGAAGUUUAAAACUCUUUCGCUCCCCACGACCCCAGAAUGGAACAGCUUUAAAAAUAGCCUUAAGCAAAAGGAUGUUAUUUCAUUAAAUUUGGUUUAAUGGAAAGAAUAAAAGCAAAUUAAAAACACACCCAGCCCAUGAGACUCCAAACACUGGUAAUCGGUACUGCAUAGCAAACUCUUCGGGAAAGAAAAUGAAAACGUUAUUGCACAUGUAAAAUAUGAAAACUUAACUCUGCUGUGUGUUAGGCAAUCCUGUAAUCUUUUUUGACUUAAAAGAAAUUCAUUUCUGAAAUGCUUGGUUGGAAGACUGUGACAAUAGCUCAUGAAAUUGAGUGUUAUUUUUUUCUUUCUUUUUUAAAAAAAUAUGUAAAGUGCAGUCUUCUGUAUUCAUGCAUAUUGUAUAUACCUGUAUAUGUUUUCCUGAGCAGCUAAAUAACAAUAAAUAUGACGUUAAUGGUGA